AUGGGCUCUUCAACCUCAAAGGUGAAAUAUCCUCAUUUAGUAGUGUCAAAUUUUCCAAUCACCAAUGAUGGUGAAACUAUUACUUUAAGUGAUGGUAGAUUACUGGGAUAUAAAGAAUACAAAUUUUUCCAUACCCUUACCGACAAUACAAAAUCUCUACGUGGUCAAGAAUUUGUGAUUCUUUCGAUACCUGGAACACCAGGUUCAAGAUUUUUUACACAUCCUUCAUUAUUGUCAAAGGAAAAUGACAAUAAUCUUGACUCGGAUGAGAAUGAUAAUGAAAAUAAAGCAUUGAUAAGAUUAAUUGUAUUAGAAAGACCAGGAAUCGGACUUUCUACAUCUGCCAAAAGAAAUUUUAUUGAUUUUUCUAAUGAUAUAAAAGAACUUUGUCAACAAAAAAAUAUUAAAAAAUUUUCUUUAAUGGCUUAUUCUGCAGGUGGCCCUUUUGGAUUAGCCGCUGCUUACUCUUUAGGUAAACAAAAUGAUAAUUUAAAUGGUCCUACAAUUAGUAAAGUCGCAAUUAUUAGUUCUGUUGCACCAUAUGAUACCCCAAAUGCGACAAAUAAAAUGGAUUGGAAACUUAAAUUUGCUUGGUGGUUAGCCAAAAAUAGUCCAAGUAUAUUAUCAAUUGUAGCACACCUUGAAGCAAAGUUUGCAUUAAAGAAUCCAGUAAAAGCAUCUUGUGAAAUUCAAUUACUUGGACCGUCAGCCGAUAAAGAGGUGUAUGAAAAAUUUCCGGAAAUUGAAGAAUUAUUUGUUAAAAGUAUUUUGGAAAUGUAUACUAGAGGUCAAGUUGAAACUGCAUGUUGGGAAUAUAGCCUAUGGGGAAAGUAUUGGGGCUUUAACUUGAAAGAUAUUGGGAAAGGAAUAGAUGGAAAUCCAGGUGUUAGAUGUAAAGUUUGGCAUGGCGAAGAAGAUUAUGGAUGCACUAUCGAUAUGGGUAAAUAUAUUGCUGACCAAAUUGAAGGAUGUGAAGCUUGUUUUGUUAAAAACUUGGGGCAUAUGUUAUAUUUUACAGCUUGGGAUGAUAUUAUUGAUUGGUGCAUUAUGGAUCAAUAA